CCUUGACCCCGUUCCCCCGUUAAGAUUCUCCACACUGAAUUAGGUGAAGACAAAAAUAAAAAAAAGAAUCAAAGAAAGCUCUGCCAAACUCGUCACUAAAACAGCUGCGAUGCUUGGACUCUUUCCCUAGAUUGAAUCGAGUGUAAUAUCUAUCCAUAAAAAAUCGAGUGUUCGAACUUUAUUCGAUUAAAUGGCAUCUCCCCUUCUCAGAAGGUCGCUAGGUGGACUUCGGGCGAUUCGUUCUUCGAUUGCUUAUUCACAGAAGCCACAAAUAUACAGUUCUUUUGUUAAUAGGAACGCAUUUUGCAGACAGGUUGACAUUUCUUCUUUGUUGCCAAAUAUUGGUUUGGCUCGUUGUGCAAUGGCUUCUUCAAUAUCUGGAUCAAAAGCUGCAUUCUCAACUCAAUCUGUGUCUACUAAGGAACCUGUUGUUUCUGUUGAUUGGCUUCAUGCUAACCUCAGGGUGCCUGAUGUUAAGGUGUUAGAUGCUUCCUGGUACAUGCCAGAUGAGCAGAGGAAUCCAUUUCAAGAAUACCAGGUUGCACACAUUCCUGGUGCUUUAUUCUUUGAUGUAGAUGGAAUAUCAGAUCAAACUACAAAUUUGCCACAUAUGUUGCCAUUGGAAGAAGCUUUUGCUGCUGCAGUUUCUGCACUGGAUAUUCAGAAUGAAGAUGGGGUGGUUGUUUAUGAUGGAAAGGGAAUUUUCAGUGCAGCUCGUGUUUGGUGGAUGUUUCGAGUGUUUGGGCAUGAUAGAGUUUGGGUGUUGGAUGGAGGAUUGCCACAAUGGCGUGCUUCAGGAUAUGAUGUUGAAUCUAGUGCUUCUGGAGAUGCUAUUUUAAAAGCUAGUGCUGCUAGAGAAGCAAUAGAGAAGGUUUAUCAGGGAAAAAUGGUUGCUCCAAUUACUUUUAAGGCUAAAUUCCAGGCACAUCUUGUCUGGACACUUGACCAGGUUAAGAAAAACAUUGAGGACAAAACAUACCAACAUGUAGAUGCCCGCUCGAAGGCCAGGUUUGAUGGGGUUGCACCAGAACCUCGAAAAGGAAUAAGAAGUGGUCAUGUACCAGGCAGCAAGUGUGUUCCCUUUGUACAGAUGUUGGACAGCUCACAGACCCUUUUACCUGCAGAUGAGCUUAAGAAAAGGUUUGAACAAGAAGGUAUCUCUUUGGACGGUCCUAUCAUUACUUCUUGUGGCACUGGCGUAACUGCAUGUAUUCUUGCACUGGGACUUCACCGACUUGGGAAGCAUGAUGUUCCUGUUUAUGAUGGAUCUUGGACUGAGUGGGGUGCACAAUCUGAUGUUCCUGUCGCCACUAGUUAAAAUGUUUGUGCUCCUCGGCUACAUGAACUAUGUAACGUUCAUCUUGUUUUGAUAUUGAGAGAUUGUGUAGGUACCUCUCUGUGUCUAUCGUGAAUAAUAUAAGCAGAACGCUUUCAUUGCAAAUACCUUCUUGAACAUGGGAGUUGCAACUUUAGAAGUCCUUUAACUUGGAUUCUUAAGGCCAGAUGAAUAUACUGCCAAGCAAAGAUCAAAUUGUUUAUUUAAGAAUCUGGUUCUUCCCCUACGAA